UAGCUUCAGUGAAAAUGGUGAUGGAUUUGCAGUGGUUCAACUUUGCUCCAAAUGGCCAGGUCCAAACCUUCGUAGAUUCCUUCAUCAAUCGAACACUUCCUUUCCAUUUUUGGGACGGGGAUAUUGGGGAAACAAUUAUUCUUAUGUUACUGAAGGGAUGCAAAUUAGUUUGGACUGUGCAGCACGAAAUAUUGUUACUGAGGCAUUGUAACUCAAAUUCAGCCGUUUCUAGAAAAUAUGUUUUGAGUUUUUUUAACUCAAGAGGAGCAGCCAACUUGAACUUCUGUACCAAGUGCUUUGAGGAUCUUCUUGUGGAGGAACAAGCUGCCAUAGCAAAAGCAAAAAUGGAGGACUCGUUCAAUUCAAAGUCAACAAAGUAAAGUGAAAUGCUGCAUCAUUUCCUCAUAAUAGGGAGUUUGUUAAUUACCAUUUCUGAACUGAUAGUCAUUAUUAAAAGAAAUGGUCUAGCCAAGUCGAUCAAAAUGAAAGAUUUGUCACUUACAGUUCCUGAAUUGAUAUUGAUAUAAAAAGAUAUGAUUGGGUUUAAGUUAGAAAAAUGAGGGUUCAUUGACAGUACUUCCACUCUUAACUAUCUGUUUAGGGAGUAAUCUAGUUGAGCAGAGUAAAGCUUUGAGGUGUUUAAGGUGCAAAAAGAAAUUAAGUUGGAGGGAUGAGAUUUAAGCCUAAGUGUGAGGAUAUUUUUGUGGAGUUCACUAUCUUUUGGAAAACCAUGAAUAUCCAUGUGAUUUUAAGGGACAUUCGUGGUUUUCCGAAAGACAAUGAACUCCUCCCUGUGAUUUUAAGGGUAUUAUGUAGCUGCACUCUGAAAAUGCUGAUUGAUUUGUACUUCAUCUCUGCACCACCAUGGCCGGGUGAAAACCUGCUACAUUCAUAUAGCACUUUGUAAUCUAUAUCCAUCCUUAGAAAGGGAGGUCCUGGGAAAACAAAACAUACUCCAGUAAAGUUUUUAGCUUAUCAACUUUUUUGUUUUCGUAUUUAAUGUUUCUUUUUUCUAUGUGGGAAUAAUCUCUUUUCCUUUCUCUCUUUUGUUGUUUUAUUCUUUGAUUUCUUUCCCUGGUGAGCUUGCAUUUUCAUUUUGUGUUUGGUUGUGCCUUGCUUUCCAUGUCAAUUUGUUUCAACAUUUUCUUCAAUUUCUUGAUUGCCAUUGAGUUGGUGAUAGAGCAUAUAAGUUUCUCAUGGUCUGUGUUGUAAUGUGGUGCAACUUUGAACGCAUAAAGGAAGCUAAAUCGAAUGUCAGGUUACUUUUAUAUAUAUAUAUAUAUAUAUAUAUAUAUAACUUCUUCAUAUUUUAUCUUCAUAUAAGCAUUUUAUCAUCAUUUUUAUGAUCUUGCCCCAUUAUGGUAUCAGAGUCAAGUUGUUGUCGAAAUAAUACACUAUUUUAGAUUCAUUGUAGCAAGUGUUGUGCAUAUUGCUAGAGCAACUUAAUGUUCAUAUUAUUGUUCACUCGUGACACUUGUUUCCUUAAGUGAACUAAGAAUUAGAUAAAUCUAAAAGCUUUUAAUCUAGAAGAACUCUAGGAUCAUUUCUAGAUUAUGCUUUGGUCAGCUUGGAGGGUGCGCUUGGUCAGACGUGUUAGGUGGUCUCGUAUUCUAAGAAAAACUAGAACUUGUAAGUUAGAAUUAUUUUAGAAAUGUCUAAUUUCUUAAGGAGACUAGGAUAUAGAAGUAGACGAGAUGAUAGUAGUAGUAAUAGUAAUGUUAUUAGAAUCAACAAUCAACAACAAAAUGUAAACUGAAAAUUUAUGUUUAACCAAGUUCAUUAAAACUAUGGUAGAAAGUGUUGAUUGUGUUCAUUGGUGCUUGUGGGUACGGUUAUUCAACAUACUCAUCAUAUCAAUCAUGAGCAUAGAAUAAACACACAAGCAUAUUUACAUGGUUCAGUUAACAACCUACAUCCAUGGGACUAAAUCCAGAUGAAGCAAAUCUACUAUAACAAACAUUCAAAGUUCAUUACAAAGUUAAAGAUAAGCAAACAAAUGUAAAACACUCCCUGUUUUCACAACACUCUUAACUUCACCUUUUAGUUAAUCCAAUGUCUUGCCACGGCUUGCUUGAAUCCAAAAAACCUCUUGGAUAGCUCGAGCUCCACUCAAGCUUCAAUGUCGAAGACAAUCUUUAGCUCUACAGUUUGAAACCUUUAAGCAUUCAUCAAUAGAAUCAUGUUUCAACGCACAAACAACCAAGAUUAGAUAGGUAUUUUGAGCAUUAAAAAACAACAAAGGAACUUGACUUAAAAUGAAUAAAACCUUUAAGGAUUUUCAAAGAGGAAUAUUUAGGUUCAAACGUAAAUGCAAGGAUGAAGAAGUUAUAAAAAUUUCUUGCUCAACAAUCUACUAGACAGUCGAUCGUCAAAGCUAUACACAUGUUUGACUAUUUAAGAAAGUUUUCAACAACUUGUUAUGAUCACUUUUGAAAAAGCAAAGCAAAUUUCCUAGACCACAACUGAAAUAUUUGACACUUAUAUUUGGACCAUUCACGCAUAUUUCGGUCAUAAAUAAAAUCCUAACAGUUAAUGAAAACUCGACAUCUGUACUAAGAACUAAUUGGAUGACUGUUUACAUAUCUGACUCUAAUGUGUUCACAUAUAUUAUGAUAAAAUCAGACUAAAGAAAUGUGCACACAUCAAUGCAGAAUGUCAUGACAUGUCUAAACUAGACACAUGAUUGUGCUUAACCAAAUAGAUGUGCAAACAUCUGAAAUGAAAGUGCACACACAAUUUUAUAAGUUGACAAAAAUACUUACAAUCCCCCCCUUUGUCAAACUUAUGAACCAAGCACAAUCUUGAUCAAAUGAUUAACAAAAACCUAUCUCAAACAAAGACCAACAACAAAUUAUAGAGACGAUAGAAACAACCACACACAAAAACAACAUAUCUCAUGUAAACAUCAUUAUUAUCAAGCAUAGAGAUAUGUGAACAAAAGUGAACUUAAAAACAAAAUGCAAAUCAGUUCAUAUUCACUACAAAAAAAAUAAAAAAAAAUAAAAAAAAAAAUAAACUCCCUAUCAGCAAGCACAAUCCCCCUUAGUGUUUAAACCACUUCACAUUCAAACAAGCAUCAAUUAAAAACACAAAACAGCAAGCACAAUUAAAGUCACAUUUAACCAACAUUAUCAAAAACAAAAAUAAAACAUCAGUUCAAAUAUAUCAGCAAUAGUUUUUAACCAAAA